AUGGUGGACAAGCGCGCCUGCAUCAUGGUCGCCCUGGCAGCCAUUGCUGUGGUGGGGAUAUCGAGCGCGCUCAAGCGCCUGCGCGUGCGGACGGCCUCGUCGAAGGCCCAGGACCUCGCGAGCCUGUGGGUCGGCGGCAUCGAGACGAUGCUCGACGUGCCCGGCGCGGGCACCAUCUCGCUGGCGCCGUGCGAGACCGCCGCGGAGUCGCGCGAGAGCUUCCCGGACGGUCUGCGGGCCAUCCCGGCGGGCGGCGCCGCGUUCGCCGUGACGGCCUUCGACCCGCCCGGCGUCGCGCGGACGCGCGACGAGAACGCGCGCGAGAACGGCAAGCUCUGGGCCAUGCUGAAGACGGCCGGCGCCGAUGCCGCGUGGCGGGCCUACGGCGUCGACGUCACCGAGGGCUGGCGCGAGGACGGCUUCGUCCUGGCGUUCGCGGACGCCGCCGCGGGCCGGCGGCGCGUCGCGGCGGCCGCGCGCGCCUUCGACCAGGGCGCCAUCUACGAAUACACUUUAACUCAGGGCGCCGUGGCGCGGCGGACGCUCGGCGUCGGCAUGGCCAUGGACGAGACGACGUUCAUGCGCCGGAUGCCGUACGACGAGCUCCUCGCGCGGCGGCCGGACCUCGUCGGGUUGCCCUGGGCGGGGCCGAGCGACGGAGGGGUUCUGCCUUAAUUUUUGUAAUCAA